UACUUCACUGCCACCUUACGUCCAUUACCACCGCAGAUGACCUCUUUUCUCUCCAUCUCUCUGGAAAAAGCAUAGAUUGAGAGACGAAUUAUAUGCUUUAUGUUCAUCAGAUCUAGAGCAGGGAGUAAUUAGAGAGAAAUCGAAUCAAAAUGUCAAGCGACGGCGACGAUAUUGAUGAAGACGAGCUCCUACAGAUCGCCUUGCAAGAGCAAGCGGCGAGAGACACCAAUUACCAGAAACCCCAAGCUUCCAAGGUUUCAAAGCCAGUUGUUAAUCUCGUUCAGCCAGUUCCGCCUCCUCAUUAUGCCAAGGAUCAGAGCAGGGGCGCUGCGCCCAAAAACCCUAGCUCCAAUCCUGGUAAGGCGCAGAAAUCUCGUCGAGGUGUCGACUAUGACGAUGAUUCGGAGGUCGAGAUGCUCAGUAUCUCGUCCGGCGACGAGGAUUAUUCCAAGGAUCGUGGUUCCGCUGCCAAGAGUCGUGCUGCUGGAAGAGGGAGAGAUGUUGCGGGUGAUCAGGCCUGGGAUGGUGACGAACCAUAUUCCUGGAAGCAAGUCGACGAGGCCGAGCUUGUUCGUAGAGUUCGUGAAAUGCGGGAAACAAGGACAGUACCUGUAGCUCAAAAUUUGGAUCGGAAGGUUUCAGUAUUGGGUCGAAAGGGGCUUAACAAUUUACAUUCCUUCCCCCGAGGGAUGGAAUGUGUAGAUCCACUAGGGCUGGGGGUAAUAGAUAACAAGUCAUUGAGGUUAAUCACUGAGACUUCAGAAAAUUCCCCAGCAAAACUUGACAAGGAUCAUUUCGAUGCUAGCACUCGUGAAAAAUUGAUGUAUUUCUCUGAGAAGUUUGAUGCAAAACUUUUUCUAUCCCGGGUGCAUCAAGAUACAAAUGGAACAGACUUGGAGGCUGGUUUUCUGGCGCUAAAAAGUGAUCUUAUAGGACGUACUCAACAGCGAAAACAAUUAGUUAAAGAAAAUUUUGACUGUUUCGUCUCUUGCAAGACCACAAUUGAUGAUAUUGAAUCAAAAUUGAAGCGAAUAGAAGAAGACCCUGAAGGAGCAGGAACUGCUCAUUUAUUUAAUUGUAUACAAGGAGUUAGUUCAGUAGCAAAUCGUGCUUUUGAGCCUCUAUUUGAGAGACAGGUUCAAGCUGAGAAGAUCAGGUCUGUCCAAGGAAUGCUGCAGAGGUUCCGAACUCUAUUCAAUUUGCCAAGUGCUAUUCGUGGGAGCAUCAGUAAGGGUGAAUAUGACUUGGCAGUCAGAGAAUAUCGGAAAGCAAAGUCUAUUGUUCUGCCUUCCCAUGUGGGUAUACUAAAACGUGUUCUUGAGGAGGUGGAAAAAGUGAUGCAUGAGUUCAAAGGCAUGCUUUACAAAUCCAUGGAAGAUCCACAAAUUGACCUAGCAGAUCUUGAAAACACUGUGAGACUGUUGUUGGAACUGGAACCUGAGUCAGACCCUGUAUGGCAUUAUUUAAAUAUUCAGAAUCGCAGGAUUCGAGGGUUGCUUGAAAGAUGCACCUUGGAUCAUGAAGCCAGGAUGGAAGCUUUGCAUAAUGAGAUCCGUGAGAGACAACUCUCUGAUGCAAGGUGGAGGCAAAUCCAGCAAGAUUCAAACAACUCUUCGGAUGUUGACCUCUCCCUCCUUGGAGAGGCUCAUGUGCCAGUAGAUUCAGAAGUGGUCGACCUUAAUAGUGAAGAAGUGGAUGCCCUAAGGGGAAGAUAUAUCCGCAGGUUAACUGCUGUGCUUAUCCAUCAUAUACCUGCCUUUUGGAAAGUAGCACUUUCUGUGUUCAGUGGGAAGUUUGCGAAGUCAUCCCAAGCUUCUGCUGAAUUGAAUGUCAAAGCUUCCAUCAAUAAGGCUGAUGAUAAAGUUGGUGAUGUGAAGUACUCAAGUCAUUCUCUGGAUGAAGUUGCUGGAAUGAUACAGGGUACAAUAUCAGCCUUUGAAGUCAAGGUCCAUGGCACUUUUCAUGACCUUGAAGAAUCGAAUAUUCUAUGCCCUUACAUGAGUGAUGCCAUAAAGGAAAUAUCUAAAGCAUGCCAAGCUAUUGAAGGAAAAGAGUCAGCUCCUCCUAGUGUUGUUGCAAGUUUGCAAAUGCUUCAUGCGGAAAUCAUGAAGAUCUACAUUCUCAGGCUAUGCUCGUGGAUGCGGGCAACAACUGAAGAAAUAGCAAAAGAUGAUUCAUGGAUCCCUGUGUCCAUCCUUGAAAGAAACAAAUCCCCAUACACAAUAUCUUUCCUGCCCCUAGCUUUCCGCACAAUGAUGGGUUCAGCAAUGGAUCAGAUCAGUUCGAUGAUUCAGAGUCUAUGGAGCGAGGCUACGAAGAAAUCAGAUAACAUUUUUCUCCUACUUCAAGAAAUUCAAGAAUCUGUGAGGCUUGCAUUUCUGAACUGUUUUGUAGAUUUUGCAGCUCAUCUGGAAAAUAUUGGAGUUGAAGUUUCUCAGAAUAAAUUGAAUCAAGAAACUUCAAAUGUAGAAAAUGGAUAUUUACAACCUCAAGCAAAAGCUCGUGGUCUUCACCCUGGCAAUGUUGUUUGUGAUCCUCAUCAAAAGCUGUUGAUAGUGUUAAGUAAUAUUGGAUAUUGUAAAGAUGAGCUUUCACAUGAGUUGUACAAGAAGUACAAAUAUAUCUGGCUGCAGCCUAGGGAUAAAGAUGAGGGGGACAGUGAUGUACGUGAUUUGGUAAUGUCUUUCUCUGCACUUGAAGAGAAAGUCUUGGCACAGUAUACUUUUGCAAAGGCAAAUUUGAUUAGGACGGCUGCAAUAAAUUAUUUAUUGGAUGCUGGAGUGCAAUGGGGAGGGGCACCUGCUGUCAAAGGUGUGCGAGAUGCAGCUGUGGAGUUACUUCACACUCUGGUAGCUGUGCAUGCAGAGGUUUUUGCUGGUGCUAAGCCCCUGUUGGAUAAGACACUGGGUAUUCUUGUGGAGGGCCUGAUUGAUACUUUCCUCAGCCUUUUCCAUGAAAACAAAACCAAAGAUCUCAAGUCGUUAGAUACGAAUGGUUUCUGUCAGCUCAUGCUUGAGCUUGAAUAUUUUGAAACCAUAUUGAAUCCAUAUUUUACGCCUGAAGCAAGUGAGUCUCUUAAAUCUCUACAAGGAGUUUUGUUGGAAAAGGCCUCUGAGUGUGUGACAGAGUCUUCUGAGAAUCCAGGGCAUCAUCGCAGGCCAACUCGUGGGAGUGAAGACGCACUUGUGGAUGAAAGACAGCAAGGAAUGACUGUGUCACCAGAUGAUCUAAUAGCUCUCGCCCAGCAGUAUAGCUCUGAGCUGCUUCAAGCAGAGCUUGAGAGGACUCGCAUCAACACAGCAUGCUUUGCGGAGUCAAUUCCAUUGGACUCAGUUCCAGAACCAGCUAAAGCUGCUUAUGCUUCCUUUAGGGGAUCAGUGGAUUCACCAAGAAGUUUCAAAGCACAACCUGUUGAAUCCCCAGGUUACUCCCGGCAUCGACGUAGAUGAUGGUCAAUUCUCAAGUCCUUUUUCCUCAUUAUGCCAAUGUAAUUUAUGUUGUAAUAAUUUAUUUUUAAUUUUUCUGUGUCCAUUCUUUUGGUGCCCUGGUUGUUCCCAGUGGGGCUGUAUUGCUGAUGCUUAGAAGAGCAUUAUUCGACGAUGUUGUUUCUCAAUAUAUCAGCUCUUAUUU